GCGAAGCUGUAUCAGUUCUCACAGAAGCGAUCUUACUGAACACGCGGGGCAAGUGCGAAUGAAAGAAGUAAACAACUUUGUAGGUUCAGUUGAAACAUGGCUUGCAAAAAAAUAGGCAGCUUAAGUAACGCAGUGUGGCAAAGAAGCGCCGCACGCAGAGUUUCGCUGUGUGCAGGAUUGAAUAUUCCUGCUUUUGCCUGUGGAAGCUUCGCCUCGGCUGGUGCAACAAUGAACGGACAGAACUGCUGCAAAGAUGGACACAACUGUGGACCGACGAGAAAUCUAGCAGCUAACCAUAACCCUGUCGCGGCCCCGGUCACGUCGCACAGACAUCAGAUCGUGGGCAAGGAGUCUCUUACCAAAUCUGGCAGGGCUUUCUCAUCCACGGCCCCAAAGAUCAACAAUAAAACGUACUUGUGGGCGAGAUACAACGAGAUGAAACGGCUCGUGCACGAUUUGAUUCCUCCUGGGGUGUGCAAUCUUUUGAACCCUUCCACCAUCUAUGCCAACAACGAGGUGAAUCUGGAAGAGGUGGACAUCUACGGCUUUGACUACGAUUACACGCUCGCGCUCUAUUCCAGCGCGCUGGACGAGAUGAUAUACAACAAGGCGCGAGAGUUUCUCGUUCAGCACUACAAGUAUCCUGAGGGAAUCAGUAAGUAUGACUACAUUCCCAACUUCGCAACUCGGGGACUUCACUACGACAUCCAAAAGGGACUACUGAUGAAAAUCGACGCCUUCCAUUACAUUCAGUUGGGCACUGUUUAUAGGGGUCUGAAACCUGUCCCCGAUGAGGAGGUCAUGAAACUUUACGGAGGUUCGAAUCAUGUUCCCCUCCACCAAGUCAGUGGAUUUUACGGCAAGGGUCCCAAAAUGAAGCAGUUUAUGGAUGUGUUCUCCAUCCCUGAGAUGACUCUCUUGGCAGCUGCGAACGAUUACUUUAUCUCAAAUGACAUUGAGUAUGACCCAGUUCAUCUCUACAAAGAUGUCUCAGAUGCGAUUGGAAUGGUGCAUAUUAAGGGAUACAUGUACAAAUGGAUCAUGCAAGAUCUUGAGAAAUACAUUCUCCGAGGAGACGAGACAUACGCUGUGUUGCACCGGCUGGCCAGUCAUGGGAAGAAGCUUUUCCUUAUUACCAACAGCCCCUUCAGCUUUGUUGAUAAAGGUAUGAAGUACAUGGUUGGAAAGGAGUGGAGGGACUUCUUUGACGUUGUCAUUGUUCAGGCUGACAAACCUCAUUUUUUUAACGAUUGUGUAAAACCAUUCAGACGUUUGGACAGCAAUGGAGACUUGCAGUGGGAUAGAAUCAAGAGUUUGGAGAAGGGACAGAUUUAUAAACAGGGAAACCUCGUGGACUUUUUGAAGCUAACAGGAUGGCGAGGGUCCAAGGUUUUCUAUUUUGGAGAUCAUCUCUACAGUGACUUGGCAGACCUGAUGCUGCGUCAUGGGUGGAGGACGGGAGCGAUUGUGCCUGAACUUGAGGUGGAGACAAAGGUGGUGAACACAGAGCAGUACGCUCAAAGUCUCACGUGGUUGCAGGCGCUCACCGGACUGCUGGAGCGCAUGCAGAUGUAUCGGGACCCUGAGUCCAAGAAGGUUCUGCAGGAGUGGCUGAAAGAGAGAGAGGAGCUACGGGCAGUCACCAAGAACCUCUUCAACCCUCACUUUGGCAGCAUAUUCCGUACCUGCCACAACCCCACCUACUUUUCCCGCCGCCUGUGCCGAUUCUCAGACCUCUACAUGGCCUCUAUCAGCUGCCUGCUGAACUACGACCUCUCAUACACCUUCUACCCUCGCCGAACGCCCCUGCAGCACGAAGCCCCCCUCUGGAUGGACCAGCUCUGCACCGGCUGCAUGAAGACACCCUUCUUAGAAGAGAUGGCCCAUAUCCGUUAAAACCGCUAAAGGUUUAAUGUGCAAAUAUAAACUGAAAUGAGGGGGUGUGUGUUUGUCUCUAUUGCAUUGGAGACGUGGCACUUUUUGCAUGAACGCCACAUACAACAGGGCCACCUGCUGGAUGUUAUGUUACAAUGCAUCUCAAAGUUCUCGAGCCUUGGACAGUUAAAGACUGGCUUGUUGAAGAACUUCUUAUGUUCUUAUCUCUAACUUUUUUUUUUUUUUUUUUUUUUUAUUUGAUGCUGUUGCAUUACGUCUUACUAAACAUAGUUAGAUGUUAAGUGGUUUACACUUCUUUUUGGUUUUGUAGAUUAAACCUGUAUGUCAUUGAUAAUCACAACAGGGUAAUGUUUGUACUAACAUGAAUCAUGAUAGCAGGAGGAGUGAAACUAUACUUAGGGUACCCAGACUUUUUGUACUCUGGUAGGCCAAAGUAUUAAGCCGCUGGCCAAAAAUGCACAAUAUGAGUUACAAAUACAGUAGGUCUGAUUACAAGUACGAUUAGGUCAAAUAGCUUCCUAGAUUUGGUGUUGUAAUGUUACUUACCCUCCCCACACUACAGUGAUAAAUGUAGCCAAGCCUCAUAAAAGUUUGAAUAUGCGCAGGUAAAGUCUCCUUUAGCUUAUUAUUUAGUAGAGACAUGAUUUUUUUUAAAAUGACAGCUGUAUUGACACACAUGGAAGCUCCUGGAGGGCCAAACCAAAUGCCGUUGUUAUUUUUGACCUUGCAAGCCCUCACUGUUUGUGGCUUUAUACUAAGCUUCUGUACAAUCAGAGCUUUGUUUGCUUAGUUAAAUCUGUGAAUAGCUAUGCUGCUAAAUUCAGUUUUCCAGGAACAAGAAAGAUGUCAUCUUUUCUAUGUACUUGCUCUACAAUUUAUAAAAUCAAAUAAAAGGCUUUGUAUUAAUAUA